AUGUACGAAUGUAUAGUAAGCCCUGAGCACACAGAUCUUAGUGAUGAUAAUCAUUAUGAUAAUCACAUACCAGACUUCGCAGUUCUUAUAGAAAUGGAGACUCACUAAGUUUAUCAGAACUAAUCAGGUGUCUUUAAUAAUUGGUGUGGUAGUGGGAUUGCUUUCUCUCGUCUAUUAAAGCCAGGAGAAUAUGGAGGAGAUGCGCAAGGUGUUUACACAUUGAAAAAAGAAAGAAUAUUCCUAGACAGAUUAGGUACUAUCACUCUGUAUGGACUCUCUUAUCUUGUCUCAAAGGUCUUAGCAGCUGCUAUUAUUCUCUAUGGAGUGAGACUUUUUCAUACCUUUUAUGAGUGCUUACUCCUGUGCAUUGCUGUAUUCGCUACUGAGAAUUUCUAUAUGAUCAAUCAAAUGGGGGAAAGUGGGUUAAAACUGCCUCAAAUCUUAUUCAUGCAGUCAGAGUCGCUUAUAUUCAACACAUUUUUAAUUGUGCUUUCUCAGACUCUGCAUCCUUCCCUAGCCAAACAGCAUAUGGAUUUGUAAUUUAUAAUGCUCAGACUAUUCUCUAAUGUAUUCUUUACAAUGGUACUUGGAUGUUCGUGGGCUUUUCUUGCUAGUUAUUCACUCAAGUAAUCCCAUCAAAACAAGGACAAUAAUUUUGAUAACUUUGAUAUCUUGAUGAUGAUCUUGUCACCCAUUGUAUCUUUUCUUAUGGCUGAAUCAUUUACCAUAUCAGGUCUCCAAGCAUUAAUGACCUGCGCUUUUAUACAGUCAAUAUACGCUUAGAAAAAUCUAGAAAAUGAGAGAGCAUAGUUGCUGCUGAGCAUAUUCAGAGCUUUAAGUUACACAGCAAGAGCUAUUUGUGAUAUUUUAAUGGGAAUCGGACUAGGGCUUAAUUUACAAACUAUUGGAUAGAUUGGACCACUCUAUUUAAUUGGUAGCAUUGCUCUAAUCUAAGUACUUAAUAAUUUAGGAUCAUAUUUGAUCAAUAAGAAAAUGGAGAAGAAGAAUCUUAUCAAUCAUUUAGAGAGUAAAAUUUUGCUUUGUCAAAAUAAUACGAAAGGUCUUUUAAGCUAUACUCUUGCUUUACAGAACUUUAAUCCAGUAAUAGUAUCGAUUACAGUAGUAAAUACUAUUUUCACAAGUUUAAUAAUUGAGCCGAUUGUUGCCUUUAAAAUCUAUAGAAUGAUCAGAGCUCAGAAAAUAAAAGAAAUCUAGAAUGAAGAAAUCGUUGUUAUAGCUCUAGAUGAUAACUAGAUCUUUGAUAGUACAAUGAUUGGUGAGAGCUAAGAAGAUAAUUCCUCACAUUAUGGAUGUUUCAAGACUUGCCUGCUAAAUUUCCACUAUUUCACUCUUUCUUAAUGGUUGGUUUUGGAAUCAGCUACAUCUCCAACAGCAAGAUUAUCCCGCUCACAAUAGUUUGAAAAGUUUGAGGACUCAGUUGAUACAUAAACUUAGUAAGUGGAACUCUCUAGAUUGUCUUAUGCUAUGAAGUACAAGUCUAAGAGACCACACAGUCAAACUACAGACUAUAAGCGUAGUAAGGUUACUGAAGGAGACAUUGAGUUGAUGAAUCGUAAGUCAAUUGAUAGUAGAACAGAAGGGGGAAACGGCAAGGCUAAGAAAAGUGCCAGCAGUAGGAGUAAAAAGGGCUCAAAGCAGUUUACUGAAAGAGAAAAAGAGGAAAUGAAGUUAAAAUCAUCUGUAUUCUUGUGA